GCGGAGUUUACUGUCUAUGGGAGUGAAGCGGUUUGCUGUUUGUUACUGUUGACUCGAAAACUUCGUCUUGUUUGUUUGGUUAUGUAGCCUAGCUGGAAGAGAUAAAGAACAUGUUGACCUCUCGCAGUUAGAACACCGCUUACUUACACUUACCAUGGAGGCUGUGAUAGUCUGUUCAUGAUAACAAAGACCCCAUGGCAGACUCAUCUCCACUGUAACAAACUGCAUUCUCGGGGGACCAUGUUUCUCAGAUGAGCUACGCACACAUCUUAAGAACAACAAGCAAAGGGCCCCUGUGUUCUAAACACCUCCUCUGUUACCAUUUCUCCUCUCUCUUUAUUUUUCUGCCUUUCCUCAUUCACCCCUAAUCUAUCAAACUCCUCCCGUCUCUCAUCUUUCUCCUCAUCCCUUCUUCUCUCCUCCCCUCCUCUCCUCCCCCAAUCUUUCCUCCAACCCUCCACCCCACCCCACCCCAUGUCCCCUUCCUCCUCACGCCCCGUGAGACAUGAACGGCAUUGAGCCGCCACAGGCCAGUCUAAACUCAGCCUACGUGGCCGUGCCACAUUCCUCCAUGUCCGACGACGAUGAGGACCGAGCCCAGGGCCCCGGAGGCGACCAGGCCCCGCUGCUGCCCGCCACGACGGGGCCGCUGGCCACCCGGCACAGCCCCGAAGACACCCACUAUUUGGUGUACAUCAUCUUCUUCGUGAUGGGCAUUGGCUCGCUGCUGCCGUGGAACUUCUUCAUCACGGCCAAGCAAUACUGGCUGUUCAAGCUCAGCAACAACUCGCGCACGGAUGGCCACGGGGAGCCACCACACUCAGACCUCAGUGACUACUUUGAGAGCUACUUAGCCAUCGCCUCCACAAUUCCCUCUGUCCUGUGUUUAGUGCUCAACUACCUCCUCGUGAACAGACUGUCGUCGCAGGUGCGUAUCCUCUCGUCCCUGUGUGUGAUCCUGGUGGUGUUUGUGGUGACCACGGUGCUGGUGAAGGUGGACGUGUCGGGCUGCCAGCAUCAGUUCUUUGCGGGCACACUGGCCAGUGUAGCCCUGGUGAGCGGAGCCUCCAACCUCUUCUCCGGCAGCGUGUUCGGCAUCAGCGGCCACUUCCCCAUGCGCAUCUCCCAGGCCCUCAUCUCAGGACAAGCGAUGGGCGGCACAUUGAGUGCAGUGGCGUCCGUGAUCGACUUGGCGGCGGCUGGGGACGUGACGGACAGUGCCCUGUUCUACUUCCUGACGGCCGACGUCUUCAUCCUCAUGUGUAUCAUCAUGUAUCUGCUGCUCCCCAAGCUGGCCUACUCACAGUACUACAUGGCUCUGGCCGGAGUGGCCGGGCCCUCUGAGGGGUCAGCAGACGGGCAUGCUGGUGGCGGUGCUGCCGCCUCGGUCUCGGUGCCCCCACUGAAGCCCAUCCUGCGCAAGACGUGGGUGCUGGGCUUCAGCGUCUUCUACGUCUUCUUCAUCUCCAUCAUGGUCUUCCCGGCCGUCUCGUCGGGCAUCCAGUCGGUCCAGCACGACUCGGGCAGCCCCUGGACCACCACCUACUUCGUGCCGCUCACCAGCUUCUUCCUUUACAACGUGGCGGACUUCUGCGGCCGGCAGAUCACCGCCUGGCUCCAGGUGCCCGGCCCCACCAGCCGAGUGCUGCCCGCUCUGGUGGUCAGCCGCACGGUGCUGGUGCCCCUCUUCAUGUUCUCCAACUACCAGCCGCGCUACCACCUGCACAAGGUGCUGUUCGCUCAUGACCUCUUCCCCGUGGCCUUCAUCACGCUGCUGGGGCUCUCCAACGGCUACCUGGGCACGCUGCCCAUGAUCUACGGGCCCAAGGUGGUGCCGCGGGAGCUGGCCGAGGCCACCGGGGUCACCAUGUCCUUCUUCCUGACACUGGGGCUGGCCGUGGGCUCGGCCUUCUCCGUGCUUAUCGUCCACUGCAUCUGAUGGGACAGGGCACCAGAAGGUGGACUAGAGGACUUCUGGUUGAUGGGGAAAGUACAGUGGAAGGGGGCACCACAGGCCCUCACAUUCCUCUCCUCUCCUCUCCAUCUCCAGAGCCCAGACUAGGCAUCCACAGGGCAUGGGCUAACACUAUGAACGUAACACAAAGCUGAGAGAGAGACCAUACUAAACUAACAGUCUACUUCCUGAUUAGCUCAGCAAUGGUAAUUUUUUUAAAGAAGCAUUACAUUUUACCCUGCACAUUUGAAUAGGGAUGCAGGCAAGGGUUUCUACUGUAUGCAUUACCUUAUAUUUGUAUGUUUUAGAUUUUUUUUGUAUUUGAACUUUUAGAACUUUAUCUUGCAGAUGACCAUAUGAUUUCAUUGUCGUGGUGUCUCAGGAUGUUGUUGACUGAUCUCAUUGCUUACUGCCUCGAUUGAUGAAGUCUUAAAUUAAAGACACUCAGGCAUUGCGCACAUGGGCAGGUUGUGUAAUGGCUGAUUUGUCGCCGACACAUGCGUCCUCACGCUGUGUCUUGCCUCAUCCUCAGAUCAGGAAAGCCUGCUGAGCUGGCUCCAUGAACUUCUCAUAGCCACUUUCACUUCUUCAAUCAAUCUAGCGUGGCAUUUGGGCUGCCUUUCAAGUGUGCUUCAGACUUGCACAGAAGCCACCUCAAAGAAGAUCUGGAGAGAGUGUAGGGAGAUAGGAAGCUCAUUGGCUGCAGAGUGGGACUGACUUGAAAGCCUGUAGCACUUCACUUUGUUUAUCAUGUACACACAAAACAUCAGUAUGUAAACAUUGCUGCUGUUUCACCUCUCCAUUAAGAGUACAAUGAUGAGCAAAUUGAAAUUGUGGCACAGAAAGUGUUGAAACAAGCGCCAAUAGCCCUGUUUUAGGAAGGUUUUGCAUUGUAUCAUCACCUAAAGACAGCCUUGAUGUUCCUAAAACACAGCAAUAAUAUAGUGUGCUUUUCUCUGGAAACUGCUCGUGGAAAGUGAUAGAUGGGUGUGGGGACGGGCCAUUUCCAUGAUCCACCCUUGGUCUCUGGUGAUGUGAGUGUGCUAUGAUAUUCACCAAAGAGCUUGUGGAGCGCAUCAGCCCAUUGAGUGAUCUGCAUGUUGUCUUCCUUUUCUUUUCAUGACCUCUUUGGGUUUACACCUGUGAAGUUGUACUUUAUGAACUGUUCAUAUUAUGUGUUCUCAGUCAUUUCAUGACAGUUUUCUAAUCUUUUGCAUUGGUACAUCUCAAAUCAUCUAACAUUUUCAAAACAUUUAAGCACAUUUCUUGAAUUAGUGCCUAAAAAAUGUGACUUGUUAUGGUUUCUACCUCAUGUUGACUGUGCCAUAAAAUUAUAGCCUGGAAGAUC